AUGGAAUCAUUCAAUCAGACAACUGGGUUCCGGUACAACCUGAAUUCGAACACAAUAGGUGAUGUAAAUGGUGAUUCUGAUCACUUUUCAGGGAUUCUUGAAAUCUAUGCUCAUCAUGCUAGGAACAUUCACAACAUAUGCAUCUAUGAAAAUCAAGAUGUCUAUGCAAAAUUUUCUCUCACUUACAAUCCAGAUGAGACCCUCUCAACUAGGAUCAUCAAUGGAGGUGGCAAGAACCCCGAAUUCAACGAAAACUUGAGGAUGAAAAUCACUCAACUUGAUGCUGUCCUCAAAUGUGAGAUUUGGAUGCUUAGCAGGGCCAGAAACUACAUGGAAGACCAGCUUUUGGGAUUCACUUUGGUCCCAAUUUCACAUGUGAUUGGCAAAGGAAAGGUAACUCAAGAUUAUAGUCUGUCUUCCACUGAUCUCUUCCAUUCCCCAGCUGGAACUGUCAAAUUGAGUCUUUCUCUCAACACAUCUUUGCCUAUUAAACCCUCCACCAGUUCGUUAUCCGAAUCAUCUGCUAACUCAUCCAUAACUUCAGAAGUUGUGUUGCUUGAUCGAAAAGUAUCAGAAGUGGUAUUAGACCCGGUUGAGUAUUCGAGGAUCGAAUUCCCGGAUAUCGAUGUAGUAAAUGAGAGUCAGCAAAUGGUGUCUGAGUAUUUUAACUUGACAAGGCAUGGCUGUGCUUGGAGACCUGGUUCCCAAGGACUUGGCUCAUUUCUUCAUCUCGGUGCAUCUCCUCAGCCUGCUGCUGAUCAUGACUGUGAAAUGACUGUGAGUUCAAAUGUGGGAAUCCAGGGUGAACCUGUUUCUCCUAAUGGGAGUGGGAGCAUCCACAACUCUGGCUUCUUAAGUUCCACCACAACAAGCUUGAGUGAUGAUCGAAACUCCGCUGAUUCAAUCGAGAAAAAGAAUCGUGUGACUGCUGAGACGUCGAAUUCUAUCAACACUUGUGUCACCACAGGAGCAGCUAAUCAAGGUUCUGCUGCUUGUCCAGACACUCCAACCUCAAGAAAGGGAAGAGAAGCUGUAGACACAAAGGAUGCAAAUUUCUCAGGAAAGGAAGAGGAGAGCAGCAAGGAAAAGACGGUUGGUUCUGGUCAAUAUGGUCAGGUGUUUUCGGCUCCACUCGGGAACAUCAACAUGGAGGCCGCCGAGCAGUCUGCAAUGCAGCAACAAAUAGUGGACAUGUACAUGAGAAGCAUGCAACAGUUUACUGAGUCUUUGGCAAAGAUGAAGCUCCCAAUGGAUCUUGAUAAAGCGGAAUGUGAAGACCGUGGCGAAGUGAUUCCUAACCAUAACAACAAUUUAGAACUUGAUAAGAAGAAGGAUGGAUCGAGGGUGUUCUACGGUAGCCGAGCCUUCUUCUGA